GGCUUCUUCAUAUAAUAAUGGUUGUGUCUUUCUCACAGAGGCCACCCUUUUCCCAUUUGGAGCUGAGGUUGGAGACACUGAAGUUAAAAUAGACUCAGAAGAUGGAAACUCUCCAUACAUCUCUCCACCAACAGGGUUUCCGUUCAUGGGGAAAACAUUCGACAGGGUGUUUUUUUCUGACAAUGGCCUGGUCCAGUUUCAGUCGCUGUCAGAGAAUGAGCAGUUUCUCCUUCCAUCUCCUUCUGCUGGUGGUUUUCCUGAUGACCUGAAGGGGGCGAUGUUGGCUGCAUUUUGGGACGAUGUGAACCUGACCCAAGGAGUAGGGAAGCUGCAUUAUAAGGAAUACAACAAAAGCGAUGUGUCAGAUGUUUUCUCGCAAAUAGUUUUCAAUCGAACAGCAGAUGAAGUGACAAAGUUUGAGGCCGAGAACAGCAGGCCUGCCUUCACGCCAGCAUGGAUCCUCAAGAUCACCUGGGACAGAGUGAUGCCUGUUUCCUACCAAAAAGUCAACUUGUCAGAGACCAACACAUUCCAGUGCAUCCUGACCACGGACGCAGCUCGCUCCUUCGCCCUCCUGCGAUACGGGGACAUGAGCUGGGGUCCCGGACUGAGGAAAUAUCACAACGCUUUAAUUGGCUACACAGAUGGAAAAACCUCCUUCAUGGAGUCCACUGUCCCCACAGACAACCUUUUUGGGCCGGGGGGCCGGUACAGACCUCAGGAAAAGAAGGGAACUCUGGGAAAAUUAGGCCAGCUGGUAUACAAUCUAACUUGGGCAAAUGGGUCGAACGCCGACCCUCAAAUGAAGUGCCGGAUGUGGGCCGUGAAGGAGCCCGCUCCUGCGAUGUGGACUGAGCUGCUGCCCGGCUGUCCCUGCACGCGCUCCCAGGCUCUGGAGGACCAGUCCUUCGUGCAGGACGUCACUGAUCCAGAUCCAACAGUACAGAAGCUGAGGGCUCAGCGGUGGGGGGGUGAAGGGCCGGUCUUCAGGUCACUCCUGUCCAACAGAUUCGGAGCAGGGAAGAGGUGUGUGUACGACCUGGAGGGCCCCCUGCUGGCUGGAUACAACGAACGCUACUACUCCCAGGAGAGCUUGCAGAAACACAUCGAUGAAGACCUCCUGCCGUUUCAGUCGUGCUGCAUUGAGUCUCCUCUGUGCGAGCUUUACCUCAAGAAGAGGCCUUUGGAUCGUUGUCAGGGUUACAGCUGGAAUGGUCCAUCUGGAUCCAGCCAGUCUAAGACUGCGGCACCAGGAACUGCCAUGGUGUACGGCAGCCUCCACUUCAUCACCUUUGACGGGACCAAGUACUGCUUCAUGGCUCUUGGCGAGUUUGUCAUCUUACGCCUCUCAUCCAGCUCCGGCUCCAACGUCUUCACCCUUCAGGGGCAGAUGGACACGCUCUACACAAACACGGGGAAACGGUUGGACGUCCCCGUGGUGGUGCGCAUGGCAGCCUUCCACCAAAGCUUUGGCAAGAUUGAGUGGAGAUGUUCAGACAAAGACAAUGGACUGCAGGUUUUUGUGGAUAAUUCCGAAAUCACCGUCAAAGUCGGUGUCAUAUAUUUGAGUAAGAAGAACUUCGCAGUGCGCUGCCCCUCCUUAGAUACAUGUGCAGCGGUCUAUGACGGCGGUCUCCACGUGGUCGUGUGGCGAAACGAUAGCUACAGACAGCUGGGAGCCAUGAUGGAGGUCCCUCAGACCUUCUACAACCGCACUCUGGGUUUGGUGGGUCUCUGGAGCUCCAGCGGCGCUGACGAUUUCCUCAUGUCAGACGGGAAGAUCCUUCGCCCCAAAGACUCCAAGCCACUGACGGAGGAGGAGAUCCAUCCGUUUGGUUUGUCCUGGGCGGUACCAGGACCAGAGAGUCUCUUGUUCUCCUCACCUCCUAAGGUUCCUCAGGUGUUCCCCUCCACCCUUGACCUGAUGGCUAGCUCCGGUCCUUCUAGAAUCAAUGAGGUGACGAGGGUCUGUGAGAACAAUGAGGCGUGCGUCCAUGACACGCUGGCGUCCAACAUGUCCGACCUGGGUCUGCUGGCUCUGAGCGCUGAGAAACGCUUUCAGAGUCUCGCCGUCCUCUUUGGUAACAUGCCUCCUUUAGUGACCGGGCCCGUCGUGAUCCAGGCCAAGCUCAAGUCUCGGGUUAAUGUUCAAGUUGUGGCUGAGGACCCCAACAGCGACCCCAUCACUUACUCACUGCUCUCCCCCUGGCCUCUGGGAGCUGCUAUUGGUGAAGUCACCGGAUCCCUCACAUGGAUGCCGCUCAGCACGCAGCCGGUCCAGCUGACCAUAAAGGUCAGUGACAGUCUGAGAGCCAGCUCCUUCUUCACCCCCAUCCUGCGCGUCUGCAGCUGCCUCAACGGGGGCACCUGUCUGCACGAGAGCGUCAAUGAAAACCACCUGCAGGGAAAGUUCCAGGUUGUGGGGUGUCUCUGCCCAAAGGGAUUCGGAGGGAAGUUCUGUGAGAAUACCACAGACGUGUGUCGAGGCAAACCCUGUUUUCCAGCGGUGCCGUGUAAUUCCAGUUCUGAGCCGGGACAGUUUACCUGUGGAGAAUGUCCUGACAACACCUUCUCCAACGGCAAAGAGGGAUACAAAUGCUUUGAACGCGACAUGUGCAGUCCGCCGUUCUUCCCCUGCCACAAAGAUGCUGAAUGUCAGAGCAUAAAGUCAAACUACAGCUGCACGUGUAAGCCAGGCUUUACUGGGGACGGCUACAACUGCACAGAUAUAGAUGAGUGUGCGGCAUUCAUGGCCUGCCCGAACGCCAAAUAUGAUUGCAAGAACACGGCCGGCUCAUUUGAAUGUGUCUGCAGAUAUCAAAACAGCAUGGACAGAGACGGAUGUGGUGACUUAUCUAAUCCUCCAGGAUAUAACCUGUUCAACGUCUCUGUGCUCUGGAGGACGGACACAGGUGACAAACUCAAACAGCUGGAUGAGAUUCUCAGAACGGGCUUCACAAACAAAUUCUACAACAUCAGUAGGAAAGAUGGAGAGAACCCGUCCCAAACCGGCAAGGAGGAGUUUUGGGUCGCUGUGUCCAGUGACACCCCCCACUGGUACAUCAGAGACUAUCUGUCCCGAGUCAGCAACUAUUGUGACAUCAAGGCAGUGGAAGUUGAUGAUUUGGAUGAGUGCAAAGCCAAGAUACAGCCAUGUGCCUCCCCUGCACUGUGUUUCAACACCUACGGGAGCUACCGGUGUAUCUGCAACGGCAGCACUGAUGUGGAGGAAAGCCAGUCCUGUGUGAUCGACACGGGGAAGGUCUUCCAACAGAACGUGGACAUCAUUCUGGCUCUGGUUCUGGGCAUCGGCAUCCCUCUGCUUCUGCUUCUGCUUCUUGCAGUUCUGGCCUGUUUUUGCUGCCGCAAGAAAACCGUGACUGGAGACCUCCCCAACUCGUCCCCAGACUACCUGCAAAACCCUCCACCCUUUAAUUUCUUCGACCCCUCGUUGCAGUACAUGACCCACAGCAGCACUCGCAUUAUAGACCACAUCACACCCCGGCAGCGCCUCAGAUAACGCACAGCGCAGGACGGCGUGGAGCA